AUGGGCUUCGUCGGCAGAAAAAAAAACGACAUGUCCGAACUCGCCUGGAAAUGGCGCUGCAAGCUCCUGCCCCCAAAGCCGCCCAUCGGCCGCAGCAUCGAGGAGAUCGACGUCUCCUCAGACGAAGACCCCAAGAAGCUAGCCCCCGAGCCCGAGACGGGAACCCAGGCCAAGAUCAAGUACUACUACGAGGGCAAGGAUUCGAACCCCUCGAACGAGCACUAUGACUGGACCGACUACCCGCCCAAGCAGAUGAGCCCGACCGUGGCCAAGAAUCUGGCCAUGCACUCCGUGGCCGUGUGGAAGAUCAAGGACCGCGAUAAGGUCGCACUCGGUAACCUCUUCCCGCUGAAGACGUAUCAGAUCUACGUCUACAACCCGCAGUUGGUCGCCGCCAUCGCCCCCAUCUUGAAGAAGGAAAAUGUCCACCUUGAUCUCAACAACAGGGCUACUUUCAAACAGCCCUUCAUGGCCCUCUUCUUCGGCCUUCCAGAGAUUCUUGACUUGUACAGGAAGACACCCAGCGAGUCCUCACUGAAGCCCCAUCUGGAGCUGUUCCUCAAGGUCCUCGAUGAUACGUUUAGCGACUUGCGACCUCGCGUCGCGAGCAUGAAGUCCUUGCGCCUGAUCAAGUACAAGACGGCCUGGACGUACUAUCCCACGGGUUGCAUCAUCCACAGCUACAUCAAGAACGCCGAGAUCCUAGCCCAGGUCGAGGGGCCCGUCGAGUACACCGUCGAAGGUCUCAACAUCCCCGUCAAGGUGCUCGGCUUCAACGGCGACGCCUUUGGCUGGAGGAAGGCCUCCGUCAAGAUCAAGCCGUUCCUGGGCAACAAGCCCAUUACUGACUUGCCUCAUUAUCCUCUUGAAUUCCACGAGGAUCCCGCCGGCGUCAGGAAGAGGCUGACGGAGCGCGGUCGCAAGAUGCUAGAUUUGCAGGGCCUGUGCUACAGGAACUACGAGGGUCUGGCCAUUUACUUUGGCGAGGAUUGUGAAAGCCACAACGUCGAGGGCAGGGUUCUCAUCGACGUCGCGGGUUAUAACAGGUAUCAGCAGCCGCAGGGAAAGCGCGAGCUGCUGGAUCCCGAGACGAUGAAGAAUGCUGUGACGUCGGGCGGGAGCAAGGAAGAUGAUGAUGAUGGCAAGAAGAAGCCGAGGUGGCUGUCGGAGGAGGAUCAGGAGCGGAAUAAGAAGGAGAUGUUGGCCCAGGAGGACCUCCUGAUGUUUAUCGGUCCUUGGGUUGAAGGGUAUGCGCUGAAGAAUAAGAAGUGGCUCAAGUUCUACAUCGAGGAUAUCCAGCCCAUUACUUGGAAUGACUCGGCUUACAAGCACCUCGUCUACAGCGAGGAGCAAAAGGACCUUGUCUUGUCAUUUGUUGAACAUCACGGGCAGAAGCAGGCGAGCAUCUUUGACGAUGUCAUUGUCGGAAAGGGCCAAGGAUUGAUUCUUCUUCUUUCCGGACCUCCCGGAACCGGAAAGACCCUCACCGCAGAGGCUGUCGCCGACCGCACCCGCCGACCCCUCCUGUACCUCCAAGCCGAAGACCUAGGCAUCAACGCCACCGCCCUAGGCGCCAACCUCAAACGCCUCCUCGCCAUGGCCACCGAAUGGAACGCCGUCGUGCUCCUCGACGAAGCCGACGUGUUCAUGGCCACCCGCGAGCCCGUCGACAUCGCCCGCAACGAGCUCGUGUCCAUCUUCCUCCGCGAGCUCGAGUACUUCCGCGGCAUCGUGUUCCUCACGACCAACCUGUACCACACCAUCGAUCCGGCGUUCCGGAGCCGCGUCAGCUUGCAUUUGCUGUUUAAGCCCCUUUCUUCUGAGGCGAGGGAGCAGAUCUGGAAGAAGUUCCUGGAACGUGUGCCUCAUGUUAGGGUUGUUGGCUCUGAGCAGCCUUUGUGGGAGGAGGAUGCGGAGAAGGUGUGGGCGAGCGAGGAGGAGGAGAACUUGGCCCGCAAGGGAAUCUCGGAGGAGGACAUCAAGGAGCUGGGAGGCUGGAAUCUCAACGGACGAGAGAUUAAGAAUGCGGUGAAGAUGGUGCAGUCUUGGUGUGAUUUCAAGGGCUACGCCGUUACCCUUUCAAGGCUGGAGAAUGGCAUUAAGGUGACGAGUCCGCAUGUUUCGAAGGUGGGAGAGGUCGAUCAUAGCUUGUAUGAUUGA